AUGAAACAGCUGAGCAAGUGGUUUGCCAAGUGGAAAGAGAUAUGGGCAGCCCCCGAACACACAGACACUGUCCCAUGGAAAUGGUUGGGCAAUAGGAGCCACGAAGAAAAACAGCGACUCCCUGCCCAGUCAGCUGCCCACCAGCUGUCCACCGCCCACAAGAGCAGAAGCAGCUUUGAUGCAAAAAACUUCCUAACUGACGCUGUGAGAUUCCAGAACUCAGUGACCAAAGUGGAGCUUGGCAUCCCAUCCUCAAUCCACCCCGGCCCCCCACCCAACAAGCUGUACGCAGCGCUGGAGGACUAUCACCCUGCCGAGCUGUACCGCGCGCUCGCCGUGUCCGGGGGCACCCUGCCUCGCCGAAAGGGCUCAGGAUUCCGCUGGAAGAAUCUCAGCCAGAGUCCUGAACAGCAGCGGAAAGUGCUGACGUUGGAGAAGGAGGAUAACCAGACCUUCGGCUUUGAGAUCCAGACUUAUGGCCUUCACCACCGGGAGGAGCAGCGUGUGGAAAUGGUGACCUUUGUCUGCCGAGUUCAUGAGUCUAGCCCUGCCCAGCUGGCUGGGCUCACACCAGGGGACACCAUCGCCAGCGUCAAUGGCUUGAACGUAGAAGGCAUCCGGCAUCGAGAGAUUGUGGACAUCAUAAAGGCAUCGGGCAACGUUCUCAGACUGGAAACUCUGUAUGGGACAUCAAUCCGGAAGGCGGAACUGGAGGCUCGUCUGCAGUACCUGAAGCAAACCCUGUAUGAGAAGUGGGGAGAGUACAGGUCCCUAAUGGUGCAGGAGCAGCGGCUGGUGCAUGGCCUGGUGGUGAAGGACCCCAGCAUCUAUGACACGCUGGAGUCGGUGCGCUCCUGCCUCUACGGUGCUGGCCUGCUCCCGGGCUCGCUGCCCUUCGGGCCUCAGGCCCUAUGCGGCGCCGGCCUGCGCAAAACUAAGUACCGCAGCUUCCGCCGGCGGCUGCUCAAGUUCAUCCCCGGACUCAACCGCUCCCUGGAGGAGGAGGAGAGCCAGCUGUAGGGGCGGGGGCGGGCAGGGAGGUAUUUAUUUAUUUAUUCGCAACAGACAGCGCUAAAAGAGGGGGAGGCCGAGCCAAGAGGACCCCAGGAGCCCAGAGCAGCGGGAGAGGGUCCUUGCUAGCCUCAGCCCACCGGGUCGAUUCCUGGCUGGUGUCUGCUGAGGGAGUGGGGGGCCCAGACCCUUCUCUUCUCCCCCGCCAAACCACAGUGGGAGCUGGGGCAGGGGGAGAGCCAGGAAAUCGGGGGCCAAAGAUGGGGGUGCUCGCCUACAGUCUGCAUCUGUAGUGCCUUGUGGGGUAUCCAGGAACACCCUCCCAGCAGGGGAUGGGGACCUUGUCCCAUGAAGCCCUCUCCUCAGCUUUACUUGCUCCCCCGCCCUUAGCCUUGGGGAGAAAUGGCCCGUGGUGGGCUGACCCCCCACCCUCCAUACACAGUUCCAUGACCCAGCGGGCCUCCAGGGGCAUCGGGUGCUGGUCCUCCUCCCUCCUGGCCUCGACCCCUAAGGGCUUCGCCCCUCCCAGGGGCCUGUAACUAAGUCGGGUCCUGCCAGGCAGGGGGCCUGUGUUCUGUGCCCCUUGGGGGACAGGAACCGGCAAGUUCAGGUGGGGUGGGGACAGCACAGACUGUUCCACCGUUCUGCAUAUUGUUGCUUCUGAACCACAAACUGUAUAAAAUGGAUGGUUUUUUGCA